CAGGCCCAGGUGGCCGCGCUGCUCGCCAGGGCCCUGGAGCGCCCCGCGGCCCUGGCCACCUCGGGCGGCGCCGCCCCCGCGGCGGCGGCGGCCUCUGCGGUGGCCGCGCUUCCCGCGCUUGUGCAGAGCUGCAUCGACUCGCUGAGCGGCAGCGGCGCCGACACCGCAGACGACGCUUGGUUCAGGGAGGAGAGCGCCUUCCUGCAGGGCGUCGCGCCGCUGGUGUCAGCCGACCUGCUGCCCAGCUCCAGCUGCACAGGCAUGGCGAUGUCCAGCGAGGCGGCGGCCGCCAUCCUGCACCAGGAGGAGGAGGCCGACGACUCUGGCCUCGGCAAGCUGCUCGUCAAACUCGAGAUCAUGGGCCAGCGCUUCAUUGUGGAGGAGGAGGGCAGGCAGAUGGUCUUCGAUUGGGCCAGCCCCACGGGCCGCGGCCCCGGCUCAUCAAGCUCACUGCUGGCCGGCGGUCUGGAGGGCGCCGGCACCGGCAGCGAGGGCCUGAGCCAGCGCCGCCGCGGGCAAGCCGGGCGCACGCUGCUCUCCGGCGGCCUGUCCGAAGAGCCCCCAGGAGCCGAAGGGUCGAUCAGCCCCAAGAGAACGAAGCGGCGGCCGAAAGACGGAGCCGGCCCCAAGAGCCCGAGAAGGGAGCGGCGGCCGGGCGCCCUGGACCUGACUGCGCCCGGAGCGCUUGUCAGCAGCGAGGGCGGCGCGCUGCCGGAGCCGCCCUCGCUGCUGGAGGACGCGGCGGUGACAUCAGCAUUCGACAGCCUCGACGCGCAAGACGCCGCGGGCAGCCGGUCGGCGCUCGCCCAGCUGGAGCUCCAGUCGCGCUGCCUCCAGGAGGACAGCGGCAGGGCGAGACGAUGCCGCUGCCUCGCCCUUCCCCCUCCCGGCCAUGAAGGAAUGGGGACCUCGAGGGGAGCGGGUCCU